UAAUUCAUAGAGACAAACCUGAAAAACAAGAAAAAAUUGAGAUGAAGGAACCCCUGAAGGUAAUUCAUAAAGACAAACUGGGAAGACAAGAAAAACCUGAAAAAAAGGAAAGGCAUGCAGCUAUUCACAAAGAGAAACCUGAAAAGCCAGAAAAACAUGAGAAGAAAGCACCUUCUAAAGUAAUUCAAAAAGACAGAACUGAAAGACAUGACAAAGCUGAAAAGAAACCUCCACCCAAAGAGGAGAAGAAAGUAAAGACCACUAAAAUGGAAGCAAAAGUUAAAAAGGAAGUGAAGGAUGGAAAAGGAGAAGGAAAGACAACGGAGAGGGCCAAGCAGGCAGAAAGCAAAACAAUGGAAGUUGGGCUAAUAAAGGCCAAACCAAAAAUUAAGGAGGAGAAAGCUCUUCAGACUGUAACUAAAUCAGAAAAGAAAGAUCAAUAUGCAUUCUGUCGCUAUGUGAUUGACAUGUUUGCACAAGGGGAAUUUUAUCCAGGACAUAAGGAAAUGGUACCACCUCGUCUUCUUCUAGAACACAGUCCAAGAAAGAAAUCAGCAGCUAUUGAAGAGAGAGAUGAGGAAAAGAAUAAAGCUGAUGUGAAGAGGGCUACGACUGAAAUUAAGAAGAAAGAAAAAGCAGCAAAAAAAGAGAAAGCUCAUAAGAAGACAGCUGUCCCUGAAAUUAAAAAAACAGAUAAAAAAGAUGCUGCUUUGUCCAAAGAACUCAAAAAGACAGGAAAAGUUCCUGCAGCCAAACCAGCUACCAAAAAAGCAGCAACACCAGGUAAAGGGUAUGGCAGCCAGUGGUGCACAAGGCUCCGUGCUGACGAGCAGUGCCUCGUGCUGGCGUCACAGGCACGGCCAGCCUGCUCCCUCUGA